AACGAAACUAAUGUAAAAUGUUAUAUCAAAUAGCCCGCCGGAGAUGGAUUACCGGUAAAUGACGUCAUUACGCUUGCAGUUGUUUAUCCGUCUGCUACAGCAUGUUCGUGAAAAAUGUCAACAAACGCGUUUGAGAAACUUUCCAGUGAAGCUUUCGAACUCUAUCUAUCAACGAGCAUACCGCACCUGGAAAAAUUACCGACAUGCUUGGAAUUCUAUCGUAACUUUGUGGCCCAAAAUCGACCUGUGAUUAUUCGUAAUGCUUUCGCCAGCUGGCCAGCCUUAUCGAAAUGGAACAUUGAAUACCUUAGGCAGCAUUAUGGGACUAAAGAUGUCACAGUCACCGUCACCCCCAAUGGCUAUGCCGAUGCUGUCACAGAUGGACAUUUUGUACUGCCUCUAGAAAAAGUGAUGCCCAUGGAUCAGUUUUUGUGUUCACUGGAAAACCCUGUUGAAAACAGAGUUCACUACAUCCAAAAGCAGAAUUCUAAUCUAACGGAAGAGUUUCCUGAACUGAUUGCAGAUUCUGCUGACGAGAUUGAAUGGGUUUCUACAUUGUUUGGUGCAAAGCCUGAUGCUGUUAAUUUCUGGAUGGGAGAUGAGCGAGCAAUCACAUCAAUGCACAAGGAUCCUUACGAGAAUAUGUACUGUGUUGUUUCUGGCCACAAAGAUUUUAUCCUACAUCCCCCUACAGACCAGCCCUGGAUACCUUACGUCAAUUAUCCCACAGCUGGAUAUCAAGAAGUCGAUGGCGAAUUAAAAAUAGUACCAGAAGGUGAUGGAGCCAUUCCCUGGAUAGACAUAGACCCAUUAAAUCCAGAUUACAAUAAAUAUCCCAAAUAUAAAAAUGUUCGACAAAUUCACUGUCGUGUUCACAAAGGAGAAAUGCUGUACCUGCCCUCACUGUGGUUCCACCACGUCCGCCAGUCUCACGGCUGCAUAGCUGUCAACUACUGAUAUUCCUAUGAUAGGAAUGUAUUCUUGAUAUUUGGAAAUCAAUGGCACAAGACUAAUCAAUCCGACGAAUGGUCACAACAAAUGUUUAAGACUUUUUAUUCUAUACAAGAAAAAUUCGAAAAUUCUAGGAUGUUGUUUCAGGAGGAGGUGUAGUCGUUUUCAACGAUCGAAACGUAUCCGUGACUGUUGGUUCUGUGACGGCUAUUCAAAAUUAACAUUAUUAAUAAAUUCCUUGUAUCCCUUUAUUGACUAGAAUUUACCUGGGCGGAGAGCAGGAUCGUUUAGAUAGAAGAAAUUCGGUGAUAAGGAACAAUCCACUUUAUCAAUGUCUUGACAUGUCAAUGUCGCCUGGUCAAAGAGUAGCCCAACACCACACGUAAAAGCGUGCGACACCACUCUGCAUAACAUUAUUUUGUUUUAAAAGAGACAUUUUCGGAACUAGUUCUUUUCAUUAUUCUACCUGUUCUUUUUCCCAACCCCGCAGGUAUAGAAUCGUCUGCAGCCGCUGGACACGUCAGCGUAAAAGCCACCAUUAAUACGGCCGAUGCAGGUGAACGGCCCUGUGUUAUCAACCGGAAUCGGUGAUGGAGUCGAUACCGUUUCAGUGGAGUAGCGUAGCGUCGUCGAAUUGUAGCCCCGACGUCCUGUUCCAGGUCUUCUGGUCCUGUUUCUUCUCGGCCCCGGAGUAGAAGAAGAAGAUUCCACGGUGUCCCUCCUAAUGCGCGGAUGGAAAACGCUGCGGCUUCCGCUGGAAGAUUUACCGAAAAAUGGAAUUCGCGGAACGUCGGCUUCGAUUUGACCCAACAACCUCAAGACGUCCUCGUCCUCGGCGAUGUCACUUGGGCGUCGCGCAGGAGGAGCUUCCGGCUGUUUGUUCAAUUCCGUUGUGGAGUGAAUCAUCGGGGGCGAUAAAGUCGAAGAAGAUAAUUCAUUUGGCGGCUUCGCUGAAUGUUCUAUCAUUUUAAAGAAUUAAGAAUAAAAUUAGUUAACGAUU